CAACGUGAAUCGUUGGACAGUGACGUUGCGAAGGAGAUCAGGUACCUCGACGAGGUUUUGGAAGCCAAUUGCUGCGACUCUGUUCUGGAGAACGGAUCGAAUGUGCCAGCUUCUCCUGAGCCAAGUACAGCGAUCACAGACAGGCAAAGUCCACCCCUUUCCACCAGGCUCGACGCUCCACUCUCGCCCGACAGUUCCAUCGCAAGACAGGGGUCCCCUCCUGUGGAGCAACAGGAGACUGACGACGUGAAGGCAGGCGAGAUCAAUCUGAACGGCCACUCCACAGGGAAUACUACGACGGAACCACUUUCCAAUCAGAAGAGUGUGGGGAGGGAGCAGCAGGAGGAAGUGUCACCUCGCAGGAAAUCCUUCAACAAUGGCGAAGCGACCAUCAUCCCUCUGAAGAAAGAAGCCAAGUUUGAGCUCCGGGCCUAUCACGAAGACAAGAAACCCUCCAAGCUUUUUGUGGACGAUGACAAAAACGAAUCCUACAGGAUUAAGAAAACUCGAGCUUCCAGUGAAAUAGCUGAACUUGAAAGAGCAAGACGAGAAGUCAUUAGAAGCCAAGUGGUCAAGAAGAAUCCCAGUAUUGCAGAGAAAUGGAAGCCACCACAGGAGAAGACUAUUGAGGAGCAGCUGGACCCAGAUAAGCUGGAAUCGCACAAAAAAUAUGCGGAACGCAAACAGAAGAAACAGAGCGGGGGCCUUUCCCCAGUUUCUCCAAGACAGAAAGCCCACGUGUUUGUAACGCCGGACCCCAUCAUUGUAAACAGGGAAGAUGUCGUCACGGAGCAGAUAGAUUUUUCAACAGCGAGGCAGCAGUUUUUAAAGAUGGAAACCAAAUCGGAAACGUCCGCUCAGCCCAACCAGAAGCGGCCGGUAGCCAAUAAGGGGGUCUCGUUGAGGUCAGGGACAAGGACGGCAGACACACUGGUAAAAGACAACAGUGCGGCUGCAGUAGGGAUGACUGAGCUAGCUGAAGCUCACGGGCAGACGGUGCAAAUCGGGGCCAGUGAGGUGUCCAUUGGGAAAGCGUCCAAACUGAGCAUGAAGGUGCCUGGAGGAGAGCAGGAAGCUGCAUUCCAGGGGAUGGCACCCACGCUGCAGGGUAACCAGCAACAAGAGGAAGUAAUUGGCACGGUGCCCCUUCGACAGGCUUCUCCUGACCAAUUUAUCAGCAACAGCAUGAAACACCAGGUGGUCAACAAAGUCUUUGUGGACGAUGAAGGGUUUACUCAGGUCAGGGCAGUUUUGACGAUGCUCAAUGAAGACGGCGACAGUGACGUUUCCGACCAAUAUUUUAAGUGCGUCAGCCUUCCUGCAACCACAGAAGAGCUGGAUUCUGGUUUGGACGAGCUGUCCAUUCGAUCGCAGGACACCACUGUGAUGGAGACGCUCUCCAACGACCUCAGUAUUGAUAAUGUGAGUGACAGUGGUGCUUCAAAUGAGACCAUGAACGUUUCCCUGGAUUACUCACUGGGUGGAUCUCAGGAGUUUUCCCACCCUCAGACACCCCCGGCGCUAACCCCCGUGGACAGAGAGAGAGAUGAGCGCUCCCUCAAGGCGGAGUUAACCUCGAGCCCGCUAGGAGACGGUGAGCCGGACCAGUGCCGGGGGCUAUCGGACACGGACCGAGAGCUGCAGUACCGAGCGGAGAUGUUGGUACAGAAUGCCAUUCAGCUCGCAUUGGCGCAACAGAGCCACACAGACAGGGCUGGGACGGGCGAAGAUCACCCAACGGCACCACCGCAGCCGAUAAGGGUGUUGGCAGAUGAGCAAGUGCCCGUCGACCCUGUGGGGGCUGCCCUGUCGAAACCGCGGACAGCGACGUCGGAGCCUUCCCAUGCCCCAGCGCCCGUGGCACAGGAGCGGCGAUACUCCUCCGUGUCGAAGGGAUCGGCAGUGGAUGUAAAGUGCGGCACCAUGGACGUCCCCCGGGCCAGCUCGCCACCUUCCCUGUACAAGCCCGAGUUCAGCCCUUUCAGCGACAGUGCCAACUAUUUGGAACCGACGGACUAUUCCCGAAACAAUGUCUUUGUCAGCCACUCGCAGGAGCCCGAGGUCAUCGCCCAAACGGGGCCGUUUAAGCUGCGCACCCGCCGGCAGAAGACCCUGUCGAUGAUCGAGCAGGAGAUCCGGGCAGCGCAGGACCGAGAGGAGGAGCUGCGGCGCCAGAGGGAGGUCCUCAGGACUGUUCAGAGACCCACCAGAGCCAAGCAGCCCAUGCUACCCCAGGCCUAUUCUUCCAGAACAACAGCCCCCGGGAAAAUUGAGAAGUCUGGUUCCGUGUCACCAUCGACUGAAAGCCCCAUGCCUCUUCCACAGCCAGACUGCACACCUACAGAACAGGAGCCUUCUGGACCAGGUCGUUCCAGGGGACUGAUGGAGACGUUACUGGAAGACUUUGAGAUACAGAAAGUUAAACGGAGAGAGAGGCGGGACGAGCCCAAUGUCCUUGAGGCUACCAGGGUGACCCGUCGAAAGAGCGCUAUGGCUUUGCGCUGGGAGGCUGGUAUAUAUGCCAACCAUGAGGAGCAGCAGUAAUCCAUUACAUCGUCACACAAGGGAAAAGGGUCAAGAAUAACUUGUAUUUGUUUUAUUGCUAUUGUUGCUGAAGGACUGAUACAAUGCAGCGCAUUUAUUCAUUUGCAAAGCCACCUGCUCCAUUGGAAGAUCUAGUGGUUACCUUUGCGAGGAUAAUGAAAUGGACUUGGAGCCGCUGAGGUUUCAGAUUCAACCCAGAUACUGCAAAAAAAAGGAUUCCCUAACAGCGACUGCAUAAUGUGAAGAGCCAAUCGCUUGUAUAUGUAUAAAUACAGUUGGUGUCCCUGUAUCUUUUUCUGCACAGGCUGUGUUUAAUUCACAGAUAUACAGGCUUCCAAUGCUGUUAGCCUCCAUGUACAUAGCCAUGGUCAAUCGUUUUGGUGUAUGCUUUUCUUUAAUUUGUUCUUGGGUUGCAGGGUUUCUGGCAAGGCCAGCAUUUAUUGCCCAUUCCUAUUGCCCUUGAACUACUGCAGUCUAUGUGGUGUAAGUCCGCCCACAGUGGCUCUUUCUUUCCUGUCGUGUUUUGCUCAGUGAUUUCAAAGAGUGAUUAAAAGAUAAUCACAUUGCUGUGGGCCUAGAGUCAUUUAGAGGCAACUAAGUAAGAAUGGCAGAUGUUCUCCCUGAAGGAUAUUAGUGAACCAGUUGGGUGUUUACAUCAAUCUGGUUGUUUCAUGACCAUUGUUAAUGAGACUCAAAAAUUAUUCAACAUCUUUUUAUUUGAUUAAUUGAACUUAAGUUUCCAGCUAUUGUGCUUGAUUUGAAUUCUUAGCUCUAGAUCAUUUGUCCAGACAGCCAGGUGACUAGAUCAACUGAUAUUACCACUGUGCUACUGUUUCCCGUAUUUAUAUUUUAUAUUCCCUUUUAAUUAAAGCUAUUAUCUUUCUUACCUAUCUGGUGGAAAUGUAGCUUAAUGCAGUCUUCAAGAAUGGCAAGGAAUUUUGUCUAAAACAAUAAAUUUCACAAAGGUGCUCAGCAGGACACUCUGGAAUAUCAGGCUGAAUCAAUUUGUUAUUUUCUCUUUGGUGAACACCCUGAGCCUGCAAUUUUAUCAUUGACACAUUAUCUAAACGUUUGGCAGCAGCAGAGACACAGCCGCCGUUUUGUAUGCUAACUGCACAGGCAAUAGACCAAGAAUUUUGCUCCAAUUUUCUUAAUUUAUUGCAGUGAAUCUAGUCACAUGACAUAGGAGGAAAGCGACAUUGGACUUUCUUGUUCAUCACUCCAGUGGAAGUAAAAGAUUUGCAGAGAGAGUUUCCUUGGUGGUGGAUGAAAACCAACAAUGGGACAAUGGAUUUAUCACAAAAAAGAAAUCUCAUUUCUUUUGGCAACCUGUAUCUGAGGCACCCGAAUCAUGUGAUAACAUCGACGCUGAGUCUAUAUUUUUCUAAGGAUACUCUUGGUUAAAGGUUGUGAGGCCCAGGUUCUCAGUUUAUCUUGCAAUUUAUUUAUCAGCAUUCUAUUGAAGAGGUGGACUGAGAAACAGCAAUAAACAGAAUGGCAGGAUCAAACUGAGUGCACAAAUGGAUACACAUGGACACGGUUAGUCACAAAAUCCCUGGGACUUCUCAAAAACUGUGUCGCAUACAAAAAUACAGCUUUGUGGGAGGGCAGUAGGAAGCACAGAGCAAAAGCAUUAAUAAAAGUUAAGAGGACAGAAUGACCCAGCAUGGUAAUUGCAUGAUCCUAUUUUCAUCAGGUAAUCAUUUGAGACUUACAACAGAUUUUUAGUGUUCAUUCCUGUGAUUUCGUAUCUACUAAACAUGACUAGGGGCUGUCAGUUUUACUCGAAUGCAGUGUUUUUUUUUGUCUUAAUAAAGUGACAAGAUUAUUAAACUCCCAUUAGGAGCAACUUGUACUCCAAACAGUGUUAGAAUGACAUUGUGCCAGUGCUGUGACUUCAUGCUAUGCAGUUCCCUGCCUUUUCAGUACCUCACGUGCAUGUGUUUCAAGUGUAGAUAGGACAGUAUAAACAUUGGCCGCAGGACAAUAAGGGUGCAGACUUUUCGUCUGGACCCCAAUCCCCAUCUAAAGCUACUAAAUCCCCUCAUUGCAGCAGAGUAUUAAGAUAUCAUCAAUUGUAUUUUGCAACAUAUAAUUCCAAUUUUGAUUUUAUUCCUUUAUGUGUGGGUGACACACAAUUUGUUCUAUGAGAAAUGAUUCAAAACUGAUCCAACAAGCCAGCAAUCUCGAUGGGAAAUUCAUAAUUACCAGACUAAGUGAGGAGUUAAUCUUUCAAAUGAAGGGAGGUACUAAUCUGUAUUUUAUAUUCAUAUAUAUAUAUAUAUCUAUAGAUGUGAAUUAUUGCACAUUGAGAUUCUACUCGUGAGCCUGUGAGUUUUUACAAGUAGCUACCUUUUCAGUGAUGUUUUUCUCUUAAUCAUAAUGCUUUAAGCUAUGUUUUUAUCACAGAUCUGUAUACAUUGAUUUUUUUGCUAUUCCAAAGGCUGUUGUCCAACACCAAUAAUGCUAACAGACUGACCUGAUGAUUAACUUAAUGUUUCACUCCAAGCAACCCAAAGCUCUUGGGUCCAUAUGCCCAAGAAGCCGUGAUCAAAUCCCUAUUUUCCUAUGUUAUUGCAGUUUGUAAUGAGUGGAUUUGUAGCAGGGAGGCGGUUUUCUUUUUGCUGAAUUGUACUUAGCUCCUUGUUAGAUUUGUCAACUGUGGUCAGCCUGGAAACUUUGUCACAAGACCUCCUGUGAUCGAUGCUGUGGCAUUCCUGCCAUUGGUCAACAGACAGGCUCAUGGUCAUGGCACCUCUCCUUGGCACAGCCAAUUGGGAAGCAAAAGGACUUUUCAUUACCUGAUUGGAUGAGUCUUGGCUGUCAGCUAAGUAACCCUACUUUCACUCCAUUUUCAAUAUUCAUGUAAUGAGCCAAAUGUACAAAAAAACUUUUUUUAUUGGUCAUCCAGCUUUUAUCCUGAGUAAUGUUUGCAGCCAUGUCAUGGAGACUAAUUUUCAAUUCCUGGAGAAUACACACUAAUCUGGAAGCCUGGCAACACCUAUCUCUGCAUUGCGCUCUCCAUGUGUGUUUAUUCCAUUAUUCAGGAAGCCCUACAAUGUAAAGAAUAGAAAGAGGCAUUUUGAAAGGUUGAAAUUAAAUUAUAUAAGGUGGUGUAUCUUAUCUGAGAGUUGAGGCAGGGAAAAUUAACCAGUCAGCUUGUAGUCAUUGGGCACUUUAACAUUUUUUAAUGGCAGCUCAUUGCCAUGUUUUGCUCUGAACGCUUGAAAGCAUUAGGGCACCAUUACAAAGGAAAGGCUAUUGAUCAAUACAGUUUAACAGAGACAGUUAAUGGUUUUCCUCUGUGAGUAUUUCCCUUCCCCCAUCUUCUUUACAGAAGCCUUUAUGUUUUGCUGAAACAUCUGGGAUUUACAGGUGACCUUUUUUACCAUUCUUUCAUGAGAUGUGGACAUCACUGACUAGGACAGCAUUUAACGCCCAUCUCUAAUUUCCCUUGAUAAGGUGGUGAUGAGCUGCUUUCUUGAACCAAUACAAUCUUUGUACAGUAGGUAGACCUACGGUGCUAUUAAGGAUGGAAUUCCAGGAUAUUGACCCAGCUACAAUGCAGGAACUGUGAUAUCAUUCUUACUAAGGAGAGUGUUGCUAUGUGUUCGUUGUUUUUGUCCUUCAUCUCCUUAAGGAAAGCAGACAACUAAAAUAUUAUUAUUUGGAAUUCUAUGGGGUACAUAAACGGUCUGUCUUCACACAAUCAUUUUUGCCAAAACUGAAGUACUUAGAACUGAGUCUUUGAUUUUUAUUAUAUCUCUGUGAAGAAGUUUCUCCAUUCAAAAUAUAAAUGCACAUAAUGAAUGAAUUGAGCUUGGUUCUGCAAUCACUCAAUUGCUAUCUUUAGGGAGAUGGUCAAAUAGAGAGGUCUUUACUGUAAAGAACACUGCAAUCCUGGAAUCAGUUAUGAGAGAAAUGAUCUGUCACUCAGGUUAGUGCAACAAAAGAUAGAAUCUGUGGCAAUGCCAACCUAUUCCAACCUAAUUGUGAUGACAGUACACUUCAGACAGGAAGGGAAACUCCAAUCAUUCUGUUUAGGUUUCCUGGAUCUCAAAGGUUAAAGUGUGCAUGGAAAGGUCAGUACUUCUCAAUAGCACACCCUGCUUUGUCCCUGAACUUAGUACCAAUGUGUAUCCUGACCAUUUUUUGUUGAAGAAGAAGCUUCUGCUCAUUGUCUGUAAGGCUGUGCGGUGGAGAUAUUGUAGUUUUCAUUCACUGUAAGUUGAGAUUAUGUUUAUCUACCUGUCAAUGUGUAAAAGUGGAAUAUUUCAGUGAGGUUGUCCAGAUGUCGUGACCUGAUUAUUUUGUGCUGUGUGUGCACUACAUACUUGUCCUGCUUAAAGGUAUAGUGCAGAAAAGUAAGGAGGUAAUAUGCAGUAUUGUCAAUUUAUUUUGGCAUCCUGUUGAUUUCUACAGAGAGAAAUAAUGUCAAACUUUCCCCACAUGAAUUUAAUAUGUAAUUCUAUAUCACAUCAUUUCAUGUCUGUAGCACAGAAGACCACUAAACCCAGUUGUGUGCUCCAAACAAGCUUCUUUCCAACCCUCUACAUCUAUCUAAGUACAGUGUUUCAUUCCUGUCACUUUAAUCUACUGUUCUAGUUUCACCUUCAAUGCACCUGUGCUCUUUGCCUCAACAUUUUUAAGUUUAUUUCUACUUCCAAAUGUGUUAAUUGAGUUUAAAUCUACCAGUUGCUACAGUAGAGUUUGAACACAUCUCCAGUAUUACUCUCUGGAUUGCUAGUCCUGAGACAUGACUACUACACCACUGUAAUACCACAGAGACAACUUAGCUUCAUACUCUGCAUAACAGCAGUCCUCCAAUUAUUUGGAUUUACAGCCCCCAGUUUUGCAGUGGAAACAUUUUGUCUUCUUUAAGUCUCCUUGCAAUGUGUAUGCAAGGGGGAUUCUGCCUAUUACUGUGGACGCAGUCCAUUUAAACAGUAGUCACUUCCCUUUUAAUUGGAAAGCCUUACUUUGUUCCAUAAUCUUGCCCACUUUUGGAGAAGAUUGGACUGCAGCUCGCAUGGUGCUGAUGUUCUCAGUUCAAGUUAAAGGAAAUUGAUCACCAAGGGAGAGAUCAGUCCAGAUUCUACCUGAUUUUCCCCAAACCCACCAGUGCUUUCUGAUGCUAAGUUGGAAAUUAUGACUUGCCUUGUUUCUGAGACAUACCUCUACUAAUCACAGAUUUACUUUAAAUUUACAGCACAGAAACAGGGCAUUCAGCUUACUUGGUCUGUGCUGUGUGCCCCACAUAAGCCUCCCAUCACCCUAAUUUCAUCGAAGUCCAGCAGUAUAUAUUUCUAUUGUUUUUCUCGACAGAAUAUUCCCCUAUCCCCCCAGUGAGCUUAACAUUAAUUCUCUGAAAGCCAGCGGAAUAUUGCACAGUUAGUGCAAACGCCAGUCCCACUAGUAGAAAUUGUGUUGCUACUGGUGUGAAUUAGGGCCCAAAACAUGUGAUAUGGUAGACUAUGCAUGUUAAAAUGAGGACAAGGCUAGUGUAGAAUGUGUGGUAUAAAAUAGGUAAUAUAUGAUAACAUGAAUACGAGUUAAUGUAGGUGAUGUGAUAGUACAAGGGGUGAUAUGAAUUAGACAUAUUAAAAAAAGUAAGAUGAAUAGAGUAGGUUAUGUAAUAACAUUACAGUAUACAGAUCCACACAGCACUGAAAAUGCCAUAAGGUUUGGGUCCAUAUAGAAGCAAAAUGCAUGUCAUGAAAAGUAUAUGCAUUACAGGUUUGUGGUACAUUUGGUAACAUCCAUUCUGAUGUAGCAUGCAUCAAAAUGUCAUAAAAUGAAGAGUUUACUUGAUGCUGUAGAGCAUAACUGAUGGUGUUGAGUGUAUGUGAUGGUGUAGAGUAUAUAUGAUGAUGUGGACUAUAUGUGAUGAAGCAGGGUGUGUUAGAAGAUGUGGUACUGACCAUUGAAACAGAAUCAGUCUUCAGUCAGUCAGCCAGUCAGGUAAAUGAUGCUGGUCAAUCACAAUUGCCCAAAAGUUCAGAAUGAGUCAUUAAUAUAACUGAUGCAACAGAAUAGUGUGGGUGGUUCUGAUUUUUUUGUUGUUGUUGGUAAUGCCAAAGUAUUGAACCUUUAUUUUCUCGAUCUAAUGUUCUGAACUUUUAUUAUGUAGUUAUCCAAACAAUGCCUAAACUUUAUGGAAUUAUAAAUAUAUUUUAAAGUGAAUAUUGGCUCAGUAUUUUUGUAAGAAGAGCUCCAAUGGAGUAUGUAUAUCACUAUGCAGGACUAAGUUGCAAUAAAACCUGGCUUUGCUUAA